GACUUCCUCUUUGAACAGUUGCCUUUCCUCUCACAAAACGGAGAUUUCAUUUUGUCUGAGGCUGGAUAGAAUUGAAAGCGACCCAAACACCAGAGCCACGGGCAUGAUGGCUAAGAAGCCCCCGAAACCAGCGCCCCGCAGGAUCUUCCAGGAGAGGUUAAAGAUCACCGCUCUGCCUCUGUACUUUGAAGGCUUUUUAUUAGUCAAACGGUCUGAUUACCAGGAGUACAAACACUACUGGACAGAGUUGAGAGGAACCACACUUUUCUUUUAUACCGACAGAAAAAGCACAAUAUAUGUUGGCAAGUUAGACAUAAUAGACCUUGUAUGCCUUACUGACCAAAAUUCAACUGAGAAGAGCUGUGCAAAAUUCACUCUUGUUCUGCCUAAAGAGGAAGUGCAACUGAAGACAGAAAACACAGAAAGUGGGGAAGAAUGGAGGGGCUUCAUUCUUACAGUAACAGAGCUGUCAGUUCCUCAACACGUGUCACUUCUGCCGGGGCAAGUGAUUAGACUACAUGAAGUCUUAGAGAGAGAAAAGAAAAGAAGGCUUGAGACAGAGCGGUUGCCAGUUAUGCCUGCGGUGAAAGAGAAGGAGCCAGAACAGGAUGAUGUGGAUGUACCAAACCCAAUGCCAGCAUGUUUCUAUGCAGUUUCCCGGAAAGAAGCAACUGAGAUGCUGGAGAAGAAUCCUUCCUUGGGAAAUAUGAUCCUGAGGCCUGGCAGUGACAGUAAAAACUACUCCAUCACUAUCCGACAGGAGAUAGAAAUGCCGAGAAUCAAACACUACAAAGUGAUGAGCGCUGGAAAGAACUACACCAUCGACCUGGAAAAACCCGUAACACUCCCAAACCUUUUCAGCGUCGUUGACUAUUUUGUGAAGGAGACUCGAGGGAAUCUGAGACCAUUCAUACAUUCAGCCGAUGACAACCUCGUGCUGGCUGGAGUAUCUGAAACCUCCUUCCCUUGCUCCCAGCUUUUGGGGUCAAGAGCCCAACACAGAAGAGAUAAGUGAGAAGCUGAAGAAAAAUCCACACAAGGCAUGAAAUAAUGUGAAAACUGCCUCCAUAGGUCUUGGUAUUUAUUGUUUUCAAAAGACUUUCACUUUUAAAGACAAUUAUCUCUGACCCUAAAUCACUUGUUUGGGAACAAGAAUAAAAUAAUGUAGCAUGUAAUUUCAUUGUUUUAUCAAUAGGAAAUCAAUUUACUGGUUACCAGCUGUCUGUAGAGUAACUGGACACAUGCAUUUCUCUGUAUUAAGUGGGGAAAAAUUACUUUCUAAAGCCAGGUUUUUGUUCCUUCUUGGCUUCAUUUAAAUACAUUUCACAUAUACAAUUUGCAUUGCAGAUUAUCUAGUUCCCCUAAAUCCUACAUUAUCUUCUAAACCCUAACUAGGUUUUUGGUAAAAUCUGAUUGGACAAAUGAAUCAAAUGUAAGUCAUUUAAAUUAUCUGGUUGGCAGCCACAGAUAUGAAAUGAACUAGGAAAAGUCCACCUGGUAGGAAUGCUAUAUGCCGCAUAUUAUGUUCAUGGAACUAAAUGCAAUUCAUUUUUAUGUUUUUCCUUGAAGCUAUCAGUCUACUAGUUCAAAACUAAGCCGUAUAUCAAUGAAGGAUGAUAAAAUAAACACCACUUUCAAAUUUAA